AUGAAACGAACAUGUAGUGGCACUAUUAUUUCCGAUAUAUUUCUUUUAACUUCGGCGAGUUGCUUUGAGAAUUCAGCAUACCUCACUCAAUAUUACACAGUCACCGCAGGUCUCCAUAAACUCGAUAACGACACAGCUGUGCAAACGACUGCGAUUUCGCAUUUAAUUCAACAUCCGAACUAUACGACUGAUGAUCAUCUCAAUGAUAUUGCAUUGGUACGAGUAUAUCCACCAUUUGACUUCAAUACGACAAAUAUUUCACCGAUUAUACUAUCGAACUUAACAUCAGUGGAAAGUAUGAAUCUGGUAGCAGUCGGAUGGAUGAAUACGAAUCAUACACCAGUAACAACGACUUUGCAUCAAGUCAGUAUUCAAGAGAAUGUCGAAUGUACAACGACUAAAUUGAAAAAUGCAACGACGCAGCUUUGUGCUAGUGGUACUUGUCGAAAUGAUAUGGGUGGUCCAUUGAUGGUUUAUUCGAAUGAAAAUCAACAAUAUGAACUUGUGGGCAUUAUAGGUCAUCGAACUAAAUGUACUACAGAAGGUCUAUUCACUCGAGUUGCGCCGUAUGCUGAGUGGAUCUGGUCAAUCUUAAACAAUCCACCACCAACGCCUGUACCUAUACCGACAAUACCAACUCCAGCUCCAACAUCACCAAUUACUAUACCACCCGAGGUGCUAGGACCUCCUAUUUCAUUUGUAUGCAAUACAAGUUAUUCAUGUGGAUGUUCGUCUGUUCCAGUUGUUUUUCAUGACGAACCAUCCUCACUCGACAGCCGUAUAGUCGGUGGUGAGACUGCACAGCCACACAGUUGGCCAUGGAUCGUUUCACUUCGUGCUCCACCUCUAGGCCAUGCGUGCGGUGGAUCUCUCGUCAAUUCUGAAUGGGUGCUAACAGCUGCGCACUGUUUACCUAAGCCAGGCUUUCAUACACAAGUUACUAUUCAUAUUGGAGAUCAUGAUGAAGAUUUGCCAUCUCCACAGAUCGUUUCUAUCGUCGAAGUUAUUUCACAUCCUGAUUAUGUACCUCCACCGAAACAUAUCAAUGAUAUUGCUUUGAUACGAAUAUCACCUCCAGCUAAUCUGACUUCGCCUGAAACUUAUGCUGCAGUAAUUGGGUGGGGAACAUUAGCUUGGGGACAUGGUCGUCCGAAGAAAUUACGACAAGUACGUGUGAAAGCAAUCGCAAACGAUGAUGAACGAUGCGCAAAUUCGAUCUUUGACAUUGAUCGACAGUUUUGUGCCAUGGUUGAUGGCGGUGGAAAAGAUUCCUGUCAAGGUGACAGUGGUGGUCCGAUACAUCAAUGGCUUGGCGACCACUGGGAACAAGUGGGUAUUGUNAAGCAAUCGCAAACGAUGAUGAACGAUGCGCAAAUUCGAUCUUUGACAUUGAUCGACAGUUUUGUGCCAUGGUUGAUGGCGGUGGAAAAGAUUCCUGUCAAGGUCAGUGACAGUGGUGGUCCGAUACAUCAAUGGCUUGGCGACCACUGGGAACAAGUGGGUAUUGUUAGUUUCGGUCAGCAAUGUGCUCAUGCAAACAAUCCAGGGAUCUAUACACGACUCUCAUUCUAUCAUGAUUGGAUUCAAUCGGUUAUUCAGACAAAGACUAAUCAAACAACGACCUCAUCAACAUUGGAACCUACAUCGAAUACUGCUGGUCAAACGACCAUUGCUUUCGAUGCGAUUCAAGUUUAUUUAUUUCUUUUCUAUGUAUUAAUCCAACGUGUCGAUGAAUAA